AUGCGCCCUGUACCAUGGCUUCAUCGCGCCUCUAACCCGUUGGAAUUCAAUGAAAACGUGAAUCUCGAGUGGAGUGGAGCACAAAUGCGCCAUGGUUGGUCACGUGAAGGUGCACUCUCUUGUGCACACACGCACACAUCCGAAGGGGACACGCGUCAGUCAAUCCAGCAUCCUUUGAGCCACUACGUCAAUAGCGACAUGGGACAAAUACCCAGUGGUAACGCUGCUGGACGUGGACAAAAGAAAGAUACGAACAAGAAAAAAGAGCCGAAGAAAUGGGAACCUCCUGUGCCUACACGCAUUGGGAAGAAGAAAAAGAAGCACUCUGAUUCAGCAGCAAAGCUACCGGCGGUUUAUCCUACGACACGUUGUCGACUAAAACUCCUGAAAAUGGAGCGUAUUAAAGACCACUUGCUACUAGAAGAAGAGUUUGUUAUGAACCAAGAUCGACUCCGCCCGAAAGAUGAUCAUGACGAAGAAGAACGUACACGCGUUGACGAUUUGCGUGGUAGUCCCAUGGCCGUUGGCACACUGGAAGAGAUUAUUGACGACGAACAUGUCAUCGUUAGCAGCUCAACCGGUCCUGAAUAUUAUGUGAGUAUCAUGAGCUUUGUCGACAAAGAUUUGCUGGAACCUGGAUGCAGUGUCCUGCUUCAUCACAAAACUAUGGCUGUUGUCGGUGUGCUGUCCGAGGACACUGAUCCAAGUGUGAACAUAAUGAAACUAGAUAAAGCGCCGUCAGAGAGCUACGCAGACGUUGGCGGUCUCGAAUCUCAGAUCCAGGAAAUCAAAGAGUCUGUCGAAUUGCCGCUUACUCACCCGGAACUAUAUGAAGAGAUGGGCAUUCGACCGCCCAAAGGUGUCAUUCUCUAUGGUGUGCCUGGUACGGGUAAAACGCUUUUGGCCAAAGCUGUAGCCAAUCAGACAUCUGCGACGUUCCUUCGUGUCGUUGGCUCUGAACUGAUCCAAAAAUACCUUGGUGAUGGUCCCAAGCUUGUUCGCGAGCUCUUCCGUGUCGCAGAUGAGCACGCGCCCAGUAUCGUGUUCAUUGACGAAGUGGAUGCCGUGGGUUCAAAGCGAUAUGACUCGUCAUCUGGUGGCGAACGUGAAAUUCAGCGCACGCUAUUGGAACUCCUUAACCAGCUGGACGGUUUUGACUCUCGCCAUGAUGUUAAAGUGAUUAUGGCUACCAACAAGAUCGAAAGCCUUGAUCCAGCUUUAAUCCGCCCUGGUCGUAUUGACCGCAAAAUCGAGUUUCCCUUGCCCGAUCAGAAAACCAAGAUGCAGAUUUUCCGCUUGCAUACUUCUCGUAUGAACCUUGAUCCUGACGUCAACUUGGAAGAAUUUGUCGCAAUGAAGGACGAUUUGAGCGGUGCUGAUAUACGAAGUUUGACCACCGAGGCUGGUCUUCUAGCACUGCGUGAGCGCCGAAUGCGCGUCACCAAGAAAGACUUCAUCACUGCACGCGAGCGUGUGAUAGACCGAAAGAAUGAAGGCACGCCCGAUGUCUUCAUCUUUCGUCUCACGCCUGAGAAAUAG